AUUGCCCAUUAGUGUGAUUUUAGCUCUGAAUCGGUGUUGACACGAAGUUUAAGAGAAUGUUUACGCAUUAUAUUAACAAAAAUGAAAAUGAAUUAUUCUCACUGAAAAGAAGCAAAAGAAAUCUAUGUUAAACAACAAAUACAGCAGCAUUUAUGCAAAAAUUAAGAAAAAACUCUACUCUACUGCAUCUAACGGCUAUGAAUGCAUUUCUAGCUUAUUUUGAAACAAAAAAUUAGCACAUUUUUCUUAAUGGAUAUAUAAAAUGGAAAUGUAAAGCAAAGAAUCUGAAGGUUGGUUAGAAAUAAACAAAUAUACAUAUAUGUAUGUAUGUAUGUAAGUAUGGAAGCGUAUGUGUGUAUAAAAGUGUGAGAAAAUUUCUCCAAAGAAAUGUCAUUAAAAAAAAAGAAAAAUUCUCGACAACUUUAAUUUCUAUUCGUCUCGUCUACAAAUGAAAAUGAGAGAAAUUUCUUAUCGAUUCUAAAGAAAAAAAAAAUAAAUAAAUAAAUAAAUAAAUAAAAAUAAUUUUUAGAAAUAUAAAAAAAAAAAGAAGAAGAAGAAAUUCAAAAUAUUUAAAAAUUAGAAAAUAUAUGUAAUUAAAAAUUGGUUAGUGUUUCGUUUUAAACGCGUCUUAUAAACAGAGCUAUUAAUAUCGAGUGCUAAACGAAUGUACGGGUCAACGGGUUACUGUUUUUUGUUUUUUGUUUUUUUUUUUUAAUACUGUCGUGGUCGUAGUUAGUUGAUUCGAAAGCAUACUAUCGGGCGUUAAAAUAAUAAAAAGAAGAAAAAGUGUUUUACUUACUCAGUUUACUUAAAUAAAAGUAAUCAGUUCUAAAUAAACAUUAUUAAAAAUAAAUAUAAUAAUAAUAAUAAUAGUAAUAAUAAUAAUAACGUUAAAGCUUUUAAUAUGUGUCGCUUAAAUGUUAUUCUUUAGCAGUUAAUAUCACAGCGCUUUGUAUCGGUGUCAAUUAGCAGCAGUUGUGAUAAGCUGUUCAGUUGUUGAAGGCUAAAGUCCUCGCCCAGCACUUUUUAAACGGAUUACUCUUCUCGACAAAAAACAGAAACUAUAAAUAUGUAUAUAUUCUGUGUGCAAGGCGUAUGAAAUAUGUAUAUAUGUUUAAAGCGAGCAAUUGUAUGUACUUUCACUAAAAACCUCUGCUGAAGAAACUUCAAGCAAAACAAUUUUUUAUUUUUUUUAUAUGUGUGUAAAACAUGCACAUAACAUAAACACUAACGCAUGGGAAAUGCUAAACCAUUUUCUAUGUAUAUAAAGGAGAAGAAAGAAAAAAACAACUGUUGGUCGACUUUUUUUAAAUGUAUGCGUGAGUGAAAAAAACGCUCGUUUAAAAAAAUCCUUUCGUGGCUUUUAACAAAAAAAAAAAAAAAAAAAUUACGGACUAGCUUUUUUAUGGCUUUCAGGCAUUCUAAUGGUCAUUGGCCUGUUGAACGUUGACACAGCCUUAGGCUAAAGGAAAAUAUAAAUAAAAACGCUUUACCGUUGAAAAUAUUGCUUCAGCUGCCGGCAACAAUUUUUCAGCUUAAAUGAAAUUUUUUGCUUAACACACAAACACUUUCUAAAUGAGCAGGCAACUAUUUUUCAACUGCUUAGUCAGCAAAGAAAAUGCAAUAACAACACACGCGUUAGCAAUCGCAAGAACAAUUGUAAAUAAGAAAUUUACGUGGACUUGUCCGUCGCCUUCGUCUGUUUAUAGGCUGAAAUUAUAAUAAAUAAUGUUAAGCUUACAAAGAGAAUUGAGACGCUCUUAGCGUUUUCCUUUUCAUAACCCCUUCAAAAAGGAAAGAAAGAAACAAAAAAAAAAAACAAAAAAAAAAAAAAAAAUAGACAAACGACAACAAUAGCACUACUACACAUACUACAAAGAAAAAGGAUCCUUCUUCCUCUCUUCGCUUUCUCGUCUCAUACUCCUGCCGGGCCAUACCUUCUCUUAGGCUAUACAAAGUCUUUUGUCUGCCCUAACUGCAUCGUUACUACUUACUUCAUAUAAGAGCUUAAUAUCAAACCAGAAAGAAACAAAAAAAAAAAAAAACAAAAAAAUAAAAAAAUAAGAACGGAACGGAAAAAUUUUUUUUUUUUUUUUUUUUUGAAUUAAAAAGAAAAGCAUUGAGUUAUCUCUUUAGGAAUGACUGUAAAUAUGAAGCUGACGACAAUGACUACAAUGAUAAUAAUAAAAGCUGGCCAAGUGAUUGUGAAAAGUCCAUUGCACUCGUUUGGCUAUAUUAAAUGCAUAAAAUGUUCAGGGAACACGAGCAUCAGCAUCAGCAGCAACAGUAGCAGCAACAGUAACAAUAACAACAAUAACAAUAAUAAUAAAAACAACGGUCUAGAACAAAGUUGUCGACAUCAUUGUCAUCGGCUGCUGCUGCAUCAGAAAUAUCAACAUCAACUUUGGUUAAAAAAACUACAGUUGGUCUGCUUUGCACUAAUUGGAUUGAUAUCAAUGCAUUUACCUCUUAGUUGUCACGGUCAGCAGCAAAAAUUUCGUGUCACCCCGCACGAUUUGCAGGUGCUGGAGGGUGCUGAGGCAAUGCUGCGUUGUGAAGUAUCAAAUUUAGCAGGAGCUGUGCAAUGGACAAAGGAUGGCUUUGCUUUAGGCUUUUCAGCGGUGAUACCAGGAUUUCCACGUUACUCAGUGUUGGGUGAUCGUAAGCAAGGAGCUUACAAUUUACGCAUAUCAAAUGCUUCGAUAACCGAUGACGCUGAAUACCAAUGUCAAGUGGGUCCGGCCCGAUUAAAUUCGGCAAUAAGAGCUAAUGCAAAAUUAACGGUGAUAUCUCCGCCGUCUUCGAUUGAAAUUCAAGGUUAUAGCAAUAAUGCCAAAGUGGAGGUGCGAGAAAAUCAAGAUUUGACCCUGAAAUGUAUUGUAGCAAACUCAAAACCAGCCGCCCAAAUUAUUUGGUUCCGCAAUAAUGUGGAAUACAAAAUAGAUAACCGUAACGACAAAGUAGAGGAAAUCACACCAAAGCGUUUUACUACCACCUCUAAUCUUAAACUGAAACCAACAGCCGCUGAUGAUUACACGGAAUAUACAUGCCAAGCAAAGCAUAAGGCUUUGGCGCCUGACAUGCCCAUGCGCUCCAUCGUGCAACUGUCCGUUUUGUAUCCCCCAGGACCACCAUACAUACAAGGCUACACUCAGGGCGAGACAUUGAGACGCGGCCAAACUGUGGAAUUGAUAUGCAAUAGUCGUGGUGGUAAUCCACCUGCUCAACUAAUAUGGUAUAAAAAUGGUUCCCAGAUACGUAUGGCUUAUCGCACAUCGGGACGUUUGUCGGAGAAUAUUUAUACAUUUACGGCAGAGGCAAGCGAUAAUAAAGCCCGCUUUAGGUGUGAAGCGAGUAAUGUCAUGUCACAGACGCCACUUAUAGCCGAAGUUGAGCUCGCUGUUUUAUUUGCUCCGACUCAUGUAACCAUUUCUGGGCCCACACAAGCUCGCGUCGGAGAUGUGGUGCCACUUACUUGUUCUACGGCACCAUCUAAUCCGCCAGCAGAAGUCAAAUGGAUGGUUGGCGGCCGACAAAUACGCAAUGCAACCUCCCGUACCAGUGUUAGUCCUGAAGGUGGCUGGAUAACGAUAUCAAAUAUAACGGCUGUCAUUGAGCCAAAUAAACGUUCCUUGGUUGUUAUAUGCCACGGUCUUAAUAUGCAAUUAACCGAAAAUGUAGUUUCCACCUAUACCGUAAACGUUCUAUAUCCACCCUCACCGCCUAUUAUAUCCGGUUAUAUGGAAGGACAAAUAAUACCAGCAGGUUCCGUACAAAAAUUGUUAUGUGUUUCAUCGGGUGGUAAUCCACUGGCUACUCUCACUUGGUAUAAGAACGAUAAAAGGAUUAACUCAGUAAUACGCACGGCUGAUAAAUCGGUUUCGGCUGAAAUAACUAUUUUGGCAAAUGUUACUGAUAAUCAGGCCCAAUACCGCUGUGAGGCUGCAAAUAGUGCCACUGAAAUACCGUUAUUUGAAUCGACAACACUUAGUGUCCAUUUUGCACCGGAGACAGUCAAGAUACGCAUUGAACCGGAAGAAUUGAAACCCGGCAUUGAGGCGACUAUAAUAUGCGAUUCCAGUUCGAGCAAUCCACCUGCUAAGCUAUCCUGGUGGAAAGAUGGCAUACCAAUUGAGGGCAUAAAUAAUACAUCUAAGCCCGGUCUGUGGGGUGGCACUGUGUCUACGUUGGAAUUCAAAGUAAACAUCACACAGGAAAUGAACGGCAUAGUUUACACAUGUCAAAGUGCCAACGAGGCAUUGCAGCGCAGUGUGCAUGAAGCCAUAAGCCUGGAUGUUCUAUAUCGUCCCAAAUUUGUGCCACCACCCUCAUCGACGGCGGUGGGCGUUGAAAAUGAAUCGUUAAUGGUUGCACUGCAGGCGAACGCGAAUCCUAUAUCAAUUAUCUACACCUGGUCAAAAGACGGUCAGUCUAUAGCCGACGGUAAUAAUGAAGUUGAACAUCGUAUAUUUAGUGAUGGGCCGAAGUUGAAUUUCACCAAACUGCAUCGGAAUGACGCUGGCGUCUACGUAUGCGAGGCACGCAAUUCUCAAGGCUCGGCCAGUAUCAAUGUUACCGUAGUAGUGGAAUACGGUACCAAUAUUAAAACUGUAUCAGAAAAUGUGAUAGUGAAUCCGGGAGAAGAUGCCAUGUUGUCAUGUACCGUAGAGGGUAAACCGCUUAACGAAGAGCACGUUAAAUGGGAACGUCUCGGCUAUGACAUGACUAUUAAAACGUCAAGCACAUUCGCUAACGGCACCUCAUAUUUGCACAUCAAAGACUCUCAACGCGAAGAUGUUGGCAAUUUUCGUUGUAUUGCUGACAAUCGAGUCGCCAAUCCCACUAGUCGGGAUGUUCUGCUGAUAGUGAAGUUUGCUCCGGAAAUUGAUAAAUCUCCAACAUUGCUAAGGGCAGCCAGUGGGACGGGUGAGAGGGGACGUCUGCCUUGCCGUGCCCAAGCAUCUCCCAGACCAAAGUUUGUGUGGCGCCAAGAAGGCAAAGAUUUGCCUGUCAAUCGCACCUACAAAUACGAAGUGGAAGAGAAAAAAGUUGAUUCACUAACUUAUGAAUCUAUUUUAAUUAUUGAGAAGGUGGCACCGGCUGACUAUGGUGCUUACGAGUGCUUGGCAAAAAAUGAAUUGGGUCAUGCCGUCGAAACUGUACGUUUAGAUAUUACCUCACAACCAGACAGCCCCCUUAGCCUGAAUAUAUUAAAUGUAACGCAUGAUUCGGUGACAGUAGCCUGGACGCCAGGCUUUGAUGGUGGCCUGAAAGCAUCGUACAGGGUACGCUACAGAGAAGCCAAUCGUGAACAGUAUAAAUAUAUCGAUAGUCUGCCAAAUAGUCAUAAACUUACCAUAACUGGCCUCAAAAUGAACACGUUAUACCUAUUCUCGGUUAUGGCUUACAAUGAUUUAGGUGAAAGCAAAUAUCUACCGGACUUGCAAAAGGCUCACACCAAAGAAGCGCCACCACCCUCGCAGCCGGCCUCUUCACUGGGUGGACCACCCACGACGAGUGCCACUCCGUUGGGUGGAACAUCGGGCACUUUGCUGCUGGUCGGCGUUGCAUCUGGUGUCAGUAUAGUGCUAUUAAACGUUUUCGUCAUCGGUUGCUGUCUGCACAAACGUAACCAGAAACGUCUUAAACGAGGACUCGAAUUGCUACCAGCUGAAUUAACAGAAAGUUCGACUAUACCAAAUCUGGUUAUAAUUGGCACUUCACUGGCGGCUUUUGGUUUCCUAUUGGUUAAUGCCGCUUUAGUUUGGUUUUUUGUUCGACACAGACGCAAAAAAGCUGAAACAGCAAAUCAACCGGGUAAAACGGCUACAAUUGAAAUGUAUGCACCUAGCUCGUACAAUGACACAGUUACCGGUGAGACUCUGUCGAGUGUUUCCGAAAAGAGUGAAUCAUAUUCAAACGAUGGCAGCCAAGGGGAUUACAUAGAUGAAGCUCGUAAAAAAGCUGCCUCCACAUAUCUGGUGGAAAAUUCUGAUUUACCGCCACCACCACGUUACCAGCAAGAUGGCACACUGCCAGCACUUUAUCCCAAUAAUAUGGUAAAUGCUCGCACCUUACCCCACCCACGUCAUAAUAAUAACGCAACGAAUGUUAUGGAUCACCGAGCACGUGACGAUCAAAUGUUACUCAACAAGGCCGUAUAUAUUCCGUCCCCGUCACCUGCUCCGCCGCCAGAUGGAUCAUAUUAUAAUAUGAACAGCGAUCGCUAUUUAUCUUAUCCACCUUUGGAUUAUCCACCGCAAAUGGAUUUUACAACACCGCCGCUGCCAAUGGCUCAUCUACAACCGGUAACGCAGGCGUCAAUCAUUAGUGGAGCAUCACUGGGUAAUGGUGGCACCGGUGGCACUUUAAGACGUGGUAUUUUGCGUGGUGUUACUGCGGUGCCACCGCCAGAUGUUACCCAUCAUACAACCACCAAUAUGGGAGGCGUGCAAUUGCUGCACGACUUGCAUCCAAUGAAUAUCUCAGCUACCUCCUCAACAUUAACAACAACCAGCAGCUUGGCAAACGGCAGUCUAAUGUCGAUACCCUGUUCCACACCAAAGCAACCUCAGAGUAUACUUAAGGAUCCUAAUCGAAAUAAGCAGCAGCAACAACAGCAAGCGCAAUUACUUAAUACUACAGGUCUGGUAGCCAUACCUGCUACAGCAGGUAAUCUACAAUUGCUGAAUAUACCCACCUCAGCGGGCAUUGGCAAUAGUUUGCUAAUGACUGCCAGUGCAUCAUACGAUCCGACGAAUCCACAUAGUUUAACCACCUUUAAUGCGGCCGGCUCAGCAGUGGCGUAUACAGACGCGGAUGGUCAUCUCGUAUAGCUAUAGGAUGCCUCAAUAGGGGCCCUUAUAGCAACAACAAUACUGGGCAGCAACCCACCUCGCUACUAAAUACAAAAAAAAAAAA